GAAAAUGCCAGGAACUGAUUCCAUUGCUGGUCAAGUUAUUGGCGUUGCUGUUGGCGGAAGUAUCGGAGCAGUCGUGGCCAUAACCUUGGUCGUGGUUAUUCUAAGAUGGAAAUAUUCAGUCAAUUGUAACAUAAUAAGAAAAAGAGAUACUUCUUCUGGGCAAUCCGUCGCGGAUCAAAAGUACGAGGAAUUGUCGGUGACUACUGUCACUUCGGUUUACGACGUUCUAAGAUAUGGAAAGAAAAGACAAGACAACUUGCAUAUUUAUUCCACAUUGGAUGAGUCAAGUUCAAAUUCGAAUGAACUCUACAUGAAUGUUUCGAAAGAGGAUCCCAUUAACAAGAACACGACACUAAAGAACUCGGCACAGACGAUGUUUUAAUUCAGUUUUAAUUAUUAAAUAAGCAUUCACAACAUAUCAAGUAUGUGGGGCUGUAAGAGAAUAUUAAUACCCAGCAUUCCAAAUGUGCCCUGCAAGUCGAAUUCCUUAUCUCCAUGGUAAUGCCAGUACAAUGUUGAACGUACAAAGGAGCAUAAGACAAACGAAUGCAAGUUUUCUGAGGAAACCUCCGAGAAGAGAAAUAAGGAAAAAACAAUAAUUAUUUCUCUGUUUACAUGAUUGUUUUAAAGAGCGUAUUAACAAAAUGUUGUUUGCCAUCUAUCUAUAAUAAUAUUGAUUAUUAACCAUUUAAUGUUGCGGAUUAACGUUUGUUCUUCACAUUGUUUUCAUUGAUAAUUUUAUGAUUAUGAAAGUUUUGUGCUUCACUUAUCGUGUAGAAUUAAGUUUUAUGCCAUUAUGUUGUUUUUAAAAUCAUAAAUAUGCUUAUUAUAAACAUCUUGGAUAUACUAGGUAAUCGCUUUCCGAAUUGCAUACUAUAUUUUUCGGUAAAAUUUGUAGUUUUAUCAAUAUAAUACAAUACAAUAUUUAUUUGUAAUACAUAAGGACACCGA